AAUUUAUAUCGCAACAGUGAACGAAGUAGUGACUCAAAAUUCUCAUUCAAGUUUGAUUGAGAGAGCUGCCGAACUUUUUGUUUCUCACGAGUCGAUCCAUACCAUUUUAAUUAACCGCUAGGGUAUGAAACAAGAUACCGCCCGACUGAUCCCAAUAAACUUGAAAUUUUUCCAAAUACUCAAUCACACGAGUUGCUGAGGACAUAUUAGAACGAGUCAAUUACGUCCCCACAUUCAUGAAAUGCGCAUUGCUACGAGUGACGAGACGUGGGUUUGGGACGAAUUUGACAUGCAAACUAGUCAAUAAGCUUCAGACCGGCGCGGCGCCUUCUAGCGGAACCUGAACCGUAACCGAAAGAACAUCCCAAAGUCGAUCAAAAAUCAAAGUCAUGUUAACUGUUUUCUUUAACAAUUGCAGUGUUGUACUCUGGGAAUUCACACUGGAUGCUCAAACAGUAAGUAAAUGAAGAAUAUUAUUUGAACGAUAUGUGCCGUUUAAGAGAACAAAUUCGACAAAAAGGGCAGAUUUGUGGAAAGAAAGUUCUCGAAAUUUUACACCACUAUAAUACGCCUUCACACAAGAUCAUCAUUGUGAACAAAUUUAUUACCAAACACUCAACAAGUGCUAUCUUGCAACCACCUUAUUCGCCAGAUAUGGCCAGACAUAUCCGGCCGAUUUCCUUCUUUUUCCCAAAACUCAAAUUACCUCUUUGUGGUGCCCGCUCAAUCAAUCAACGAAACAUAACAGAGAGCUGAACUCAAUUCCCAAAAAAAAACAUUUAAAAAUAUUUUGAUGAUUGGAUUAUUCGUGUGUUCGUUGAAUUAUGUGUAUCGUUUCCGAAGGAGCAUACUUUGAAGGUGUUCAAAUAAAGGAUGAAUAUCUAACAUUUUGUGCAUUAAUGACCUUUUCCUGGUACUUUCUAGAUAGAGUAGUAUGCAAUUUAAUAUUAUAAAUGCAAAAGUUGAUUUGUUUGCUUCGCUGUUUUUAUUGUUAUUUAUUGCUUAGAUAGGUAGACAAGCUCACAGCCCACCUGGUGUUAAGUGGUUACUCGAGCCCAUAGACAUCUACAACGUAAAUGCCGCCACCAGCCUUGAGAUAUAAGUUCUAAGGUCUCAAGUAUAGUUUCAACGGCUGCCCCACCCUUCAAACCGAAACGCAUUACUGCUUCAUGGCAGAAAUAAGCAGGGUGGUGGUACCUACCCGCGUGAACUCUCAAGACGUCCUACCACCAGUAAAAAGUCUUGUGAGUCACCAGUCUCGUGAGUCACCAGUCUCGUGAGUCACCAGUCUUGUGAGUCCGCACGGGCAGGUACCAUCACAAAGUUCUUAUAAAUAUCGCUCCGAACGACCUUCCAACAUCCGGUCACCGUCCUCGUCAAACACGUCGCUUGCGACGAAGGGCUCGACGAGUGAAUUAAUAGACACAGCCCAAUGAGUUUUUCGCCGGAUCUUCUCAAUGGGUCGCGUUUCCGAUCCGGUGGUAGAUUCUGCGAAGCACUGCUCUUUCUAGGGCCAGUGUUAGCAACACUUCCGGUUUGAGCCCCGUUAGCUCACCUACAUGCUGGGGUCAAGCUGAUAUAGCCUCUCACGUCUAUCAGCAUAGGUAAGAAAAAAAAAUCCAACAUCAUGUACGACCUUAUCAUUCCGCAACGACCCUGACGCGACGUACACAGCUCUCAGCCAUAUAGGAAUCCUAAAAUCGAUACGUCGCCGAAGGGGAGGAGUCUAGUACUCCCCAGAACGAUCCCUUCUCAAACUGUACUCUCUCUCAAUAAUAUAGAAAUUAUUUUUAUUGUUGUAGCUGGUGGACAAAUAGGCUCACUUUCCCCCUCCUUAUAAGUGGUUACCGAAGCACACAAUCACAAUUCUAAGGUAAUUAGAUAUAUUGUUUUUUUGGUUAUUCACAUGGCCUCCGUAUGUAAUACUUUGAUGUCUGUGGUCUCAUGAGAUUGGUUAAAAAAUAUCAAAACAAUUUAUUUCGCAAUUAAUUAAUUUUUUUAUUCUAUACACAUUUUUCUGUAGUUUAAAAGGGAUCGUCACGGUUGGGCCGCACUUAGAGCUCCCAUGACAUUGCCGAUGUCCGUGACCCACAGUGACCACUUACUACCAGGCGAGUGACUGAUCAGAAUUGUCGUAAGUGUUGUUUUCCUUCUUCAUGCUUCCUUCAACUCUUGUAAAUGUAAACUGAAAACCUCGUAAGGUAUUGUAUGGAUAGUUUUCAUCGGCUGGUUCGUACCGCAGACACAAACAUUUAGCUGAUGAACUUUAAAAGUAACUAGUGGUCCCGCAGUAGUCGAAACUGGAGUUGUAACUUUGUACACUAUUAUGAUUUUAUUUUAUACUUUUAUAAUCACAAAAUUCGCCAAGGCCUAUAAAAAAAUAUUAAUGAAGACAAACAAUAUUUAAUCUAUUCUCAAUUUGACAACAGACGUCAAGAACAAAAGUUUGACAAUAAAUAGUAUGCAUGCGUGUGUUUUUUUCGCCGAGUAACUAAGAUGCGUCUGGUUCGUACGUUGGUCUUCUCUAUCUUCCUGUACGGGGUGGAGACUUGGUGUCUCAGGAAAAAGGAACGCAAAAAGAUUGAGGCGUUUGAAAUGUAUUGCUGGAGAAAGCUGCUACGCAUUCCUUGGACAGCUAUGAGAACCAAUGUCUCCAUCCUCGAAGAGCUGAAGGUCACCAAGCGCCUGCUAACUAUGUACCAGGAAAGGAUCCGGAGUUUCUUUGGGCACAUAAUGCGAUCCUCAUUGCACAGCCUGGAGAAACUCACAAUUCUCGGACAGAUGGGGGGAAGCGCGCUAGAGGAAGAGCGCCAGCUAGAUGGGUUGACCAACUCAAGGAGGUGACUGGAGGCCAGAUAUGGGGAGCGGUACAUAUGGCGCAGAACCGGACCGAGUGGAGAAGAUUGACAUACAGUCACGAUCCUCAGCAUUGAAGGAACGACCAGAAAGAAAAGAAAUGCGUGUGUGCGUCAAAUACAUGGACAACUGGCUGGAAUCGUAGGUGGGAGCGUGCCUGCGCCGACGUCAUGCGCAGUAAGCACUCGCGGCGGACCGGCAUUUCUUUUCUGAAAAAGUUGGACGAAAUAUUUUAGCAAUAUGUCUUCUUUACUACCAUAUUUGAUCGAUGUAGAACGAUCACGUAUCUUCGAAGAGCCUCAACUGACUGUGGCAUUGUUGCCUCAAGAAUUGUUGUCGCUGUUGCGGCCAGAAAUAUCCAGGAGCCAAUUUUCAUGGAGGCAGCCAGGAUUGCGUGAGGGAAGUUCGAUUAAGAAGGAUAAAUCUAAAUUCCAGAUCAAUUUGGACAUUCAACACUUUUCUCCGGACGACAUUACUGUGAAAAUUGUCGAUGGCUUCGUCGUCGUGGAAGCUCUUCACGAAGAAAAGCAGGAUCAGCACGGCUGGGUGUCCCGUCGGUUCACACGACGCUGCCCGAUACCCGAAGGCUGCGACACAGACGCCGUGGAAUCCAGACUCUCUUCUGAUGGAGUCCUAACUGUGUCCAUGCCUUUACAGCGCCGAAUCUCUAACGAGCGCAGAGUGCCCAUCAUACAAACUGGUCCUGUGAAGAUAUCCGAUGAGCCGAAGCCAGAAUGCGUUGAUUCUAUUGAAACGCCGCCAGCAAACGGAGAAUAAGCUGUCACAGGCGCAUCGCCAAUUGCCAAGUGCAGUUUAUGAAUCUAUUUAUGUCGGCUUCUAAGUGCAUUUAAAGUGUUUAUUUCAAUAAUUCCUUUUAAAGCAGAAUACUCAUUUUAGUUUUUUUGUGCAAUUCAAUAAAGAGUUCCGUAUGUGUG